CCCUGCUGCUGUGUGUCGGCGGACCUCGCGCAGUCCGGGCUCCAACGGUCUACAACCCUCAGCCUGCCCCACCUCACCUCUCAGCCGGCGCAAUGUCUGACUUUUCGGAGGACCAGAUCAGUGAGUUUAAGGAGGCGUUCCUGCUCUUUGACCGGACAGGCGAUGGGAAGAUCAGCUACAGUCAGUGUGGGGACGUGAUGCGCGCUCUGGGCCAAAACCCUGUCAACGCUGAAGUGCUCAAAGUGCUCGGCAACCCCAAGGCUGAAGAAAUGAACAUAAAGAUGCUGGACUUUGAGCAGUUCCUGCCCAUGCUCCAGGCCAUCGCCAAGAACAAGGACCAGGGCUCUUUUGAGGACUUUGUGGAGGGGCUGAGAGUGUUUGAUAAAGAGGGCAAUGGCACAGUGAUGGGUGCUGAGCUGCGUCACGUUCUGACCACCCUAGGUGAGAAAAUGACAGAAGAGGAGGUGGAGACUCUCUUGGCAGGGCAUGAGGAUGCUAAUGGCUGCAUCAAUUAUGAAGCCUUUGUGCGCCACAUCAUGGCCGGCUGAGUGGAGGAACUCGUAAGGAUGGUCAUGAGCGGUUGAAGAUUUAAAAAAAAAACACAAGUUUAUUUCUUUCUUUUUUUUUUUCUUUUUGUCCCCUCCUUUCUUUUUUUUUGUUAUGUAUGUGUCCAUGGCUGCAUUGUAUUCUUAAGUGCCUUCAAUCUGUUUGUUUUACAUUGCCAUUCCUGAAACAUCCAUGGAACGUUUUUCUUUUUCCAGGGAAGUUUCUGAAUGUUAAUUCCUGUACAUCUUCCAUGGAGUUAAGACAGAAGUCUUAAUGCUUUACGUCAGGCAUUGCAUUCCACUAUAACAUUUCCAACCUAUUGGUCCAGUGUGUUCUGAUCCUGCUCACCCAGUCAUUGUGUUUUAUACCGAAAAAGGUGCAUGUAGACUCACUGUAAACUGGGGCAGGGUAACCAUGAUAUCCGAAUCAUUCGUCUGUUAGUAGCUGACCCUAAGCCCCUCCCCAUUACCUGUUGUAUUGUUCAAGUGUAAAUUAAUAAAUACUCAGAGGUUUUAAAAAAAAAAA